GCCACGUGAGGGUGUCCCCGCCAGUCAUGUGACUGCCGGCCCGCGGGCGGAGCAGACAUGGGCUCUGCGUCCCCGCCGGCCCUGCCUUGGGCACUGGCCCUGCUGCUGGCGCUGGGGCUGCGCGGCCCGGAGGCCAGGGCCCACAGAGCCCUGGACCCCGACUUCCGAGAAAGCUACUUCGAGCAGUUCCUGGACCAUUUCAACUUCGAGAGGUUUGGCAACAAGACGUUCCCGCAGCGGUUCUUGGUGUCAGAGAAGUUCUGGAAGAGGGGCGAGGGGCCCCUGUUCUUCUACACGGGCAACGAGGGGGACGUGUGGGCCUUCGCCAACAACUCGGGGUUCAUCCUGGAGCUGGCGGCGCAGCAGGCGGCUCUGGUGGUCUUCGCGGAGCACAGGUACUACGGGAAGUCGCUCCCGUUCGGCGAGCAGUCCACGCAGCGAGGCCACAUGGAGCUGCUGACGGUGGAGCAGGCGCUGGCCGACUUCGCCAGGCUGCUGCAGGCGCUGCGGCGGGACCUCGGGGCCCAGGACGUCCCGGCCGUCGCCUUUGGCGGGAGCUACGGGGGGAUGCUCAGCGCUUACAUGAGGAUGAAGUACCCCCACCUAGUGGCGGGGGCGCUGGCGGCCAGCGCCCCUGUGGUGCUGGCGGCCGGCCUUGGGGACGCCCACCAGUUCUUCCGGGACGUCUCUGCGGACUUUGAGGGCCAGGGCCCCAAGUGUGCCCAGGGCGUGCGCGACGCCUUCCGGCAGAUCAAAGAUCUGUUCCUCCAGGGAGCCUACGACGCGGUCAGCCGGGCCUUCGGCCUCUGCCAGCCACUCUCGGGCUGGAAGGACCUGGUCCAGCUCUUCGGGUUUGCCCGGAACGCGUUCACCGUGCUGGCCAUGAUGGACUACCCGUACCCCACGGACUUCCUGGGGCGCCUGCCCGCCAACCCCGUCCAGGUGGCCUGCGACCGGCUGCUGAAUGAGAGCGGCAGGAUCGAGGGGCUCCGAGCCCUGGCAGGGCUGGUGUACAACUCCUCCGGCGCACAGCCCUGCUACGACAUCUACCUGCAGUACCGGGCGUGCGCGGACCCCACGGGCUGCGGCUUGGGCCCCGACGCCAGGGCCUGGGACUACCAGGCCUGCACGGAGAUGAACCUGGCCUUCUCCAGCAACAACGUGACGGACCUCUUCCCCGAGCUGCCCUUCACCGAGGAGCAGCGCCAGCAGUACUGCCUGCGCACGUGGGGCGUGUGGCCGCGGCGGGACUGGCUGCACACCAGCUUCGGGGGCGCCGACCUCAGAGCUGCCAGCAACAUCAUCUUCUCCAACGGUGACCUAGACCCCUGGGCCGGGGGCGGGAUCCAGAGAAACCUGAGUGCUUCCAUCCUGGCGGUCACCAUCCGCGGGGGAGCCCACCACCUGGACCUCAGAGCAUCCCACCCGGCAGACCCCGUGUCCGUCCUGGAAGCGCGCCAGCUGGAGGCCACGUACAUCCGCCGGUGGGUCGAGGCAGCCAGGCGGGAGCGGUGGACACAGCACGGCAUCUCGAUGGCCGAGGGGCGUGGCCCCAGCUAGGACCGGAGGGCUCGGGGCAUCCCCUUGAGCCCUGGCUCAGGGAGGGGGCCCUGGCAGGCCCCACAGGGGACAAGGGUGUGGACCUGUGAGCAUGCUGCCCCUCCCCCAUCAGCCGUCAGUCAAUAAAAUGGUCAACUUG